AAACAUAUUUUUAAUUUUGUAUCUCUUGUUUUUGCUUUUGUGUUGUGUAAUGUCAUUAUUUUGCACCAAUGAACGAGGAGCUUCUACUCCACUUCAUCAGGCCAGCAGUUGGUUUCUGCGGAGACGUAUCAUCAGUCAUCAAUCACAGCCCACUAACACGGCUAUCAAAUUAAUCGGACUGAUCAGGCACCAUGGGGGUAAAGUCAGCGACUGAAAUCAUAGAAAAUUCUAUGACAGAGGAGGAUCCCAAUGAUAACAUUCAAUAUUCAAAUGGAUCUAUUCCAAACAAACCGAGAUGGGGACCUGCACAUGCUGGAGCUAAAGAGUUAGCAAGCAAGUACACUGCCGAUGUUGACGGGCCAAGUGAGAGAACAAGGGGUUUUUAUAAGAAAAGAAAGGAAAGGCCACCUGGGAAGCGGUUACAAGAAACAAUUUGCCUAUUUUUGAGCAUAGCGCUUCUGGCUGUGAAUUUUGUGUUCCUAGCCGUGUACUUUGACCCAAAACAGUGGCACAUGGUACUUUUAUGUGCAGUUCUUGGCAUCCUCUCAGCUGACUUUGUAGGUGGACUGGUACACUGGGGUGCAGACACUUGGGGUACAGUGGAGUUGCCCAUUGUAGGCAGUAUGUUUAUAGAAGAACUGAAGAAAGGCCAUAUUAGAAAAUUGAUGUGGAACAUAAUAUCGGGCUUCAUUCGUCCCUUCCGGGAACACCAUAUAGAUCCUACCUCAAUAACCCGCCAUGAUUUCAUAGAGACCAAUGGGGACAAUUUUGCAGUGGUGAUUCCUGGCUUGGCCUAUAUGCUGUAUCAGUUUCUGACUUGUACUUCAGUGGAAAUAGCAGAUUCUUACAACUGGAAAAUGUACCUGUAUUUGCUGGCUGUUUUUGCAAGCCUCACAAAUCAAUGUCACAAGUGGUCACACACAUACUUUGGACUGCCAUGGUACAUUGUGAAGCUGCAGGACAUCCACCUGCUGCUGCCCCGCCGCCAUCACCGCAUCCACCACGUGGCUCCUCAUGAGACCUACUACUGCAUCACCACAGGCUGGCUCAACUACCCUCUGGAGGCCAUCAAAUUCUGGCCCACCUUGGAAGUGCUCAUAGAGACGCUGACCGGCUGCAAGCCACGCAGUGAUGACAUGGCCUGGGCAAGCAAGACCCAAUGAUGACCUGCUACAUUUUUAUAAAUAUAUGUAUAAAAAUUUAUUUAUACACAAAGCUGCUACUCAGCAAAUGGAGUCAAAAGACUAAGAUCAAAGACAUCGGUGUAUGUAUUGAACGGUAAAAGUCAUUCAUCUUCAGCUGACACCUUUUUUAAUGUCAUUUGUUGCAACAAUCUCUACAGUGGUGUUUGUCGGUCCAUAUUUUCAUGCUUACUCAGAUAAGUGCUUCAAGCCAUUGGCUGCUACUUUGUAUGUCAUGUCUAUUCAUGGAGAAAAUGCUUUACACAGAAAACAGAGAUGAACAAAAUCAUGUACAGGUGCAAGAUUGCUGCGCCCUAACUGUAGGUGACCAAUUGUUUAACUUUAAGAGGAAUGCUUCUGUGUUGCCAUUUCAUGAAAGGAUUGUUUAAAAAGAUCAAGAUGUCAAACAUUGCCGUAUGCAAAUCAGAGUCAGCACCAGUGUCUGAUAGUACUAAUAAUUUUUCAGAAGUUAAUACUUUACUUGCAUACAAGCAUAUGAGCUGCAUUCGCUACUUUCUUUAUCCUUAUUGUGCCUGUCAUUUGUUUUGCCUAUCUACUUAUGUAUGAAAGGAGCACUCCAAGGGCUGCUGUUGUCAGCAAGUUAGAAUAGUUGGCCACAAUGAUUAUGUAUGCUUGCCGGUCUCAAUUUGCUCAAUAUCGACAAUGCUGCAUGUGUCUCACAUUUAAAAUGUGUCUCACAUUUUUGUUUUAAUCCUGUAUCCUUUUGAACUUAUUUUUUGCCCAAUAAAUCUCUUGGAAAUCGCACACGUUAAAACGCCUGAAAGCUUUUGAGAAGCACAAAUUGCUUUUGACUACAUAUGAGUGCCACAAGAUCUCUUUAACAAAAAAAAAAAAAUCUUACUUAUCUGUGAUCAGCUUUGCAGAGGCUAUUAUUAAUACUUAUUAUUCAUAGUAUCCUGCUGGUGCCCAAAUCUUAAUUUUUGAAAAUGUCCAGUAUUUCAAUGUUUGAGUCCUGCUGUCACUGUUUAAACUUCUGUUGUGAUCUUAAAAAUUCUUUCUUAAUUCUGUGACCUUUAGUCCUUAUCCUUAAUAGCCUCCCAAAAAGUUGUUAAACAAUUUUUCUCCAAGGCUUCACACUUAACUCCUUUCUAAAGUUGAAAAACUAUACACUUAAAGAGGAAGAAAGGUGAUGUUUGAGUGGAGUGGAUCAGAUGAAGAGAUUGUUUGUUCUCUCAGCUUUUGUCACUGUAGAUGUAUUUGAUGUUGACUGAUACAUAUAUAUAUAUUAAUACAACCUUGUGGAUAUUAUGGUUUGGUUGAUGUGAUUACAUGUAUCUGGACCUCAAGAUCAGUCGAUAUUUUAAUGAGCUUAUUUUUAUUCUGAAUGAUUUGUGAAUAUACAUUUGAUCGCAUACUUGACUUCAUUCUCAUUGAAGCUGUAUCAUCAGUGUAGCCUACUUAAGUAAUAUUGUUUUUGCUUUGCUUCCAUAUACUUGUUCUGUGGCCAUAUGCUUUGUGUGUGUUCUCGAUCGGCAUAUAUUUAUAAACUAUCCAAACACAUAUAUGAACUUGUGCCUUCAUAGCAUUGUGACAAGGGUGAAGAGAUGGUUCACCAUUAGCUUGUUCACUGGCCUCUGUUUCCAAAUCUCUCCAAUGUGCUUGUUAUCCACCAGUACAUCAUAUAAUGUAAGCUAUUUUGUGGCUGAAAAUACGUUGAGUUUGUUCUUAGUGAAAAUGAGAAUUUCAGUAUAAUAGUAAAUUAACACACGACAUGGGGAGACAACAAUGAGUUUGACAUCCCCUGAUCACGUUGCACAGGCUAGUGCACUAUCUGACCUCAUUUUAAAGCAGGUGUCACUUUAGAAGCCAUGUACAUGGUUCUAUUCCUUCUGGUUUUCUGGCAAACUUACUUUGUUGGAAGUAGUUCCAUAAUCUGAUGUUUGAUUCUAGUAUUUGUGGAUUGUUUAGGAUAUAUCUUUGUUGAGACUGGAGUUUAAAUGGCUUAUUAGAACUUGCAAGUUGCAAGACAUAUCCUUGAUAGAUGGAAGGUACACAGUGAGGAACAAAAUUGAACUCGAUAAGUCACACGAAUAGUCAGCUUCUGAAUGGAAUUUAGAUUAGGAAAAAAAACACAUUUAUUGGUGCCGGCAUUUUCAUGAGCAUUUUAAUGAGCCGAAUGGUAAGCAGGUACGAUACAGGUCCUACCUCUGUUUCAGCUGUGUUAACAAGAUUUAGUAACAUUAAGUAUUGGCAGUCUUGUGGUAAGAUGCUCUCUUCUUUGUUACUUUGUCUAUAUAGAUAUAUGUAAUAUAUUUGUAAGCUUCUGUAAUUUUUAGCUAUAAAAAAGGAGUCUACGCUCUCUUUGCUUUGUGAUGUUGAGGUAACUCUCAGGCCAGUCUUAAGUCACACAAGAUAGGAAAAAA